GCCGCCACCGCCGCCACCGGCGCAGUCACAGCCACCGACGCAGCAGCAGCCGCAGCCGCCGACACCAGAGCCGCAGCACCCGGGGAUGCCGCAGCCACCGACCCGCGUGUGGGAGGAGGUGGGCGCGGUCGGAUGGAGGCCGGUGGAGAAGCGGGCGCGCGACCCGCAAGUUCGCGCACGGGUAGAGGUCGGAGACGCGGGAGAGAACCCGGAGAAGGGUCCGUGGGUGUGGCCCAUACCACCACCACCGAAGCUCGCGCGGCAGGAGUCGUGCCCCGAGGCAAGACCGCCACCGCAGCGACCAUGCCUCCGCAGGCAGCAGUCGCUGGGCGGGAAGCCAUGGAAGGAGCUCGAGCGCGCGGAGUGGCCACCCAGAGUGGUCGAGGAGGCCGAGGCCCAGGCGAGAAGAAGCCACAAGGACCGCUGGGCCAAGCUGUUCGUGCUGGACGGCCAGCGGUUCCGGCUGAAGGUGCGUCGCGGCGGGGCCAUUCAGGUGUACGUACCCCAAUAAAUGAAACGAAAACGACAUAAUGAGAGUUGUGGGUCAGGGGAGGGUAAGGGCACUUUGUUGCUCACA